GUUUUAUUCGUGCGAUUUCGUCGUCGUUGUCUUUUCCUGCUUGUCGCGCACUUUUUACUUUGAAAACGAUUUGAAAAAACGAAAACCAAUUCGAUCAGGAACCUCAAACUCCAACCUAAUUCCCAUGUAGGUUUCUACUCAUCGCCCCUUAGAUAUUCAAGUUCUACAAAAGUUUCGUUACUCAUAGUCACAUCCAAAAAUCCUUGAGCCUAUACUACCACUAGAAAUUUCCAACUGCCUUUGCCAACUAAGAUACACGCAAAACAUGUCACACCCCCGAGGACAUCAACGACGACCAAGCUCUUUCCUGAGCUCUAUGAGGAACAAAUGGUGGCUAUUCGGGUGGGAAUUUUUCGUCUUGUUCCGAAAUCAUCUCCAAACCAGCAUAUUAAUUGUUCCGCCAACUGCUGCCUUCAGGCUCGUUUCAAAGGAAAAUAACGGAGGCGGGCUACAAAAGACCGUAUCAUCUUUGCCCGCACUUUCAUCUUCAAAGAGGAAUGGCCUUCACAAGAACAGAAGCAGGACGAGGAGCACCAGUAGCUUGAUUGAUCGAACAAAACCAAAAGAAAAAUCGAAGCGAAGACAAAGAAGACCGACUACACUGGUGCCGAAAACCGCAGCAUGGGGCGAGCACACGGUUGGAAGUGAACAAGUACAGGACAAGGCUGGCAGCAGUGCCAGCGGUAAAAGUAAAGCUAAAGCCAAACCAACCGUGCUUGAACCAUCCGUAGUUGUGGAACCAGCACCGCACCAACCUGCUCCAGGAAAAGACACCGAAACGGACAAGAUCAAGACAGAAGGAGCAGACAAGGAACCAGAUGACACAUCUUCACCGAGUCUUCCUGUUGUUGAAAAAACUCAGGACGACAAGAAUGUGGACGAACUGAAGCUGCACACAGAGGAACAUAACAAGAAAGUGAAAGACGUAUUAAAAGCUCCAGCUUCACGACCAGCAAAAAUAACCCCAGAAGAUCCUGAUAGUCCUCCCAGUCCGCAAGAUGAAGCCGAUGACUCUGGUGAUGUUGAUGCUUCACCUACCCCGGCUGCACCCCCAGCAGCCCCACUACGCGAGGACGAGACCUCGGAGAGCAACGAUCUCGCCGAGCUAAUAAAUGGGAUGAGUUAUCUCCCAGUACCGGAGCAGCAGGAUUCCGCUACGAUUGUUUUUAACCCGCCUCCACCAGCUCCAGCACAAGGAGAUGGAACUACAUCAAGUUCCGUGUCAGCAUCACAGCGAAAACUUUUAAGUGACGAGGUUCACGCGCCGGCGGGAGGCGGAGGGGCCGGAACGGUUCCAGCAGUGUUGUCGUCCGCCGAAGUCGUAAAUGGAACCUCCACGAGCAGCAGCAGCACUACACCGGCGCCCGAAAAAGUCGUCUCGUCGCCGAGCGACAGUAAUAACGCCGUCAGGACCGUGAUGGUCGCCGUCGUCGGUUCCAUCGUGGUCAUCCUCGUGCUCACCGUGCUCGCCGUCAAGUGUGGCGGCAUGACCUGCGGCCGGGGAGGUUCCCGGAAGCGCAGCAGCAGCGACAUCUCCGCGUCCGAUGUUUCGCGGUCCGCGAGCGAACAAGGUGAUCGUAAAGACGACCACAAACACCACAGGAAACAAGACUCGAUUGGCAGUCAAGUUCCGUCCAGCUUCGACUAUGGAAAAGCCGCGAAAAAGGACAAGAAGCACAAGCACCGGAGCAGCGACACACAUGGGGCCAGCUCGGUCGAAGACCCCCCGACCAUGGAGAGUUAUGUCCCGCCAGAGUCGGACGUAACCUCCUUUGCGCCGCCGAAACAGGGCGGUGGUGGUGGCCAACAGCGCGACAGCCGCGAGGAGAAGAAGAAAAAGAUAUGAAUUGCAAAUAUGUCUGGAUCUGGAAGGAUACCAACUUGUGAUGCUGCCUUUGGAUUUUACACGGAAUUUGUGUUGCAUGAACAGCAAAAGAGGUCAAGUGUCUACUACGCCGCGGAGACGACAUUUCUCAUGCAGUAUGGGCAUCUGAAACCCCUCAAAAAAUCUGUGCUGCGAGGCGAUGCAUCACAGACGCCAUGGGGUAUGUCAAGUGUGCAUGACAAACAUUUGCAUUCAUCCAGACCCAGACAUAUUUGCAACGCAUAAAAGAAAAAACACUACGACGACGAUGACGACGAUGAAGAAAGCGAGCGCGAACGGGACAAAAAAGAGAAAAAGCGGCUGAAGAAAGAGAAACGGACCGAGAGCUUUGAUAAAGGAGGUAUAUGCACUGCAAAAGUAUCGUACCCGUAGUAAUCGCAUGCAUGCAUGAUAAAUCUCUUUUUGUUUUUCAAGGUAAAUCAGCAUGAGAAAUUCCAUUUGUCAUGCUGAGCAAAUUUGUGAUGCGAUUACUACUUAGUACGAUGCUUUUGCAAGUCAUAAGGUAACCACAGCUACGACAAAAAGAAGGGGAGUUUCGACAAGGAAAACUCCUUUGACAGCAAGAAAAAGAGAAAACACGACUACGACGAGGACGACGACGAUGAGGAAACUCAGAAUAUCCGCAGCGAUUAUGACUACGAUAAACCCCCAGCUGACACACGGAAAUCCCUGUUGUUCCAAGUCGCACGAGAGGCGAGCGUGCGCGUCAGUGCGAUCGGAGAUGCGCAUCCAGAACCGGCGCGGGCAACCAUGACCGCGCCGGACGAUGGGACGCCGAUAUCAUUCUCAUAGAAUCGACAUGUGAAUGAUGUAUCGAUAUCAGACAGAAACAGAGGUUAUGUUACCAUGACCCAGUAGAGUGAGUGCUCCAUCAUAAAGUUAUACUAGCUUGAUGAGGUAGUUGUAUGGGUGUGCGCAGCCUUUUAUGCUCUUUCGUCACACCAGUCUACAAAGCCAGCGUCGUCAAAAAUACGAGAGUAAGCUACCAGGAACUAGGAGCUCCGAUCACAAACUCGGUAGCAGCAGUACGUAUGUGCUGAAGCACAUACCAAGAUAGGAUAGAAGUUUCUUACUUUUUUUUUGAACUUCCAAAAUGUGUAAUCUUCCUCCCUGACACGACAUCAAAUUUGUACUUAUGUGUAAGCAUCAGAAAAGCCCCACCCUACUGUCAAUCCAGAAGCAAAACUGCAAAAUCUCAGAUAGAAACAAUGUAAACCCUGCUCCCCUCAUGUUGCUCAAUACAUUACGCCGG